ACUAGACGAAGAGACUGCAGAACAUACUGGCAACAUGAGAGUGCUGCAUUUAGUCCUAUGUGCUGUACUGGCCCUGCUGUGUCUGCCUCAGGCAAGCCGUGGAGUUUCAUACUUUGGGGAUAGCUACUGCCAGAUAGAUGCAGUGCAGGAUCUGUUAAGUUUUGAUCUGUCACUCCAGUUUAAGACAAGCAGACGCAGUGGGCUGCUCCUCCUAGCUGCUGGAAACAGAGACUACCUGUCUCUGGAGCUCAUCAAUGGCAGGUUACAGGCAAGAUUAGAUAUGGGAUCAGGGGAAGUGGUGCUGAGCUCCUCCUCUGGUGUGCAACUUAACAAUCUUAAAGAUCAUCAUGUUUCUCUUACACUACAAGACAACAAACUCACCAUGACUGUAGACGGCCUUUUUACAACAUUUGUUGACUUGCAAGGACAGGAGCAGGACCUCAGUAUUGACAGGGGUGUGUUCCUUGGAGGCAUAAGAGACUUGGAUGUUGAGUACCUCAACACUGCUGUCCCCUUCCUUCGUGGCUGUAUGAGUGGCAUAAAGUUCGAGUCCCAUCAGUUUAAUAUUCUGUCAUCAGCUGCAACUGUCUGCCAUGACACUAAAGAAGGCUGUAGUAGUGAGUUUGAAGCAGGAGAUGGAGAGGCCACCAGCUUUAUCAGUCCAGACUCCUUUAUAUCCUUCCCAACCUGGACCAGAGCCAACACUGGUUCUCGCAAUAUGGAAUUGCUGAUAAAAACUACUAUUGAGGAUGCUCUGCUUCUCUUUCAUCCAGGACAUGAGUCUGAUUUUAUUGCCUUGGGUACGGCAGGAGGGUACCUAAAAGGUGUUGCAGAUCUGGGCAGUGGCAUAGUAAUUGUAAACAACAUGAAAGUAAAGCUGGAUGAUGAUCAGUGGCACAGGAUAAGAAUGCAGGUUGAUCCCAACACUUUUGAGAUAGUAGUGGAUAGUCAGUCUGUCUCUGUCCCUCUAGAUGGAUUAGAAAAACUGGACCUUGUGGGAAAUAUGUACUUGGGAGGUAUCCAGGGGAAAAUGAAAGAUGCAUUCCGUGAUGACUACCUGACUCGUAUGGAAGAGGAGAUAACAUCUGAGUCUUUCAUUGGCUGCUUAGGAGAAAUCAAGAUGAACCAGAAAGGCAGAAGCCUACAGGAUGCCCUGAUAACCAAAGAUGUUCAUGUUAAAUGUGAAGGAGAAGAUUAUGACUAUUCCAGCUAUUACGAUUUCGAAACAGCCACAACUACAGCCCCACCACGGAUAAGAUAUGUGGGUGUAACACCAGAUCAAAGACACUGUUUACCUACUGAGGACACGCCAGAGAUCUUUCAAAAUGUCUCUAAGCUCUUGGACGUCAUGCCUCUGCUGGUUCCAGAUGAUGGAGAAGCUUUUAUCGAUAUAAGCAACCUGAACCCAACGUUCAAUCUAAAUGCUGCAGGAAUACGACAGUCUCAAAUUAUUUUCACCCUUCAGAGUGAUCCUUGGUUUGGCCUUGUAGACAUGAACAUCAAUACUAGGCGCACUAAGAAGUUUACUCUCCUAGAUGUGGUGAACAAGAAGAUUAAAUAUCUUCAUGAUGGCAACGAAAAGCACAGUGAUCAAAUCCAACUAGAAGUGGUUGCACAUGGUUCCAACCUCCCAGAGUGUUUAAAAACUCCCCACCAAUAUGUGCUCCCAGUGGAAAUUCUCCCUGUCAAUGACAUACCCCAGCUUAAUGGUGGAGACAUUUCAGUCACAGCAAAUGGACGCACUCGCUUAAGCCCCGACCUUGUCAAAAUAGCUGAUUCUGAUAAGCGGUGUGACAAGUUGAUUGUUACUGUUACCUCAGAUCUAAAUCCUCAUGGUUACGUAGAGAAUUCAGAGCACCCUGGUAGGAACCUGAGUGAGUUCACCUGCAGACAGCUUAAGGAUGGACUUAUUUACUAUGUCCACAGAGGAGGUUCAGUGGAUGGACUCACGCUACAAGUUUCAGAUAGUAAUCAAAUCAGCCAGUCAGCCUCCUUUAGACUAGUAGUAACUCAGCCACAGAUGAGCCUGGUGACGAACACUGGACUACGCCUCAUUCAGGGUGGCAACUCCACCAUCGGGAUACAGAACCUGGCUGUAUCUGCUACUCCUGAAAAUGGUGAUAUCAUAUUCAAUGUUACACAGCCUUUGAGAUUUGGAGAACUGCAAAUUAUUGCACAUGACAGUGUGCCAAAGAGAGUGUCACAAUUUUCUCAGUCUGAUCUGGAGCAGAAUAGACUAAUGUACAUUACUACAAUGUUAGCUGAUCUGGAGGACACAGAAACAGAGUAUAUUCAUUUCAGUGUUCAGCUUGGACAAUUCACUCUUACAGAUAAUACAUUCAUAAUUAAGAUCAUGCCUGCUCUGGUAAUAAUGGUAAAUAUCAUCCCUCUUGAAAUUGUAAAAAGGGAGCCAAGAGUUAUCAAGGAAUCCGAGUUAGAAGCUGUGGUAAAAGGGAAGAAUACUGACUCAGGUUUUAUCAGAUACAUCAUUUGGAAGCGUCCGACACAGGGUGCCUUGAUGUUGCGGGGUAGAGAUCUUUCUGAUGAAGAUAAUUUCACCCAACAGGAUAUUGAGGCUGGACAUAUCAGUUACAGAUCUACAAUCCACUGGGCUCUCGAGGCUGAGGACUAUUUUCAGUUUAAGGUUUUUGCAGAGGAUCAAUACUCUCAAUUAUACACUUACCCAAUCAUUGUCAAAGCUGACUCUAGUAUCCCUGUACUAACCAAUGAAAGAUUGCUGGUACUAGAAGGGAAUGAAAGUACCCUUACUAAAGAACACCUCUGGGUGGAGACACCACAGUCCACAGACUUUGUGUACAGGAUCAUGCAAGACCCUAUGCACGGAUAUCUCAUUCGGGACUCCCCUCCUGGUGUGCCAAGGUUUGAGGGUGCAAUUCGAGUAUUCAGUAAUGAAGAUAUACUCUUAAACAGGCUCGUCUAUAAGCAUGAUGGCUCAGAGAUCAGCCAUGACCAAUUCACCUUUCUUGUCUUUGAAGUCAAUACAGGUAGCACUAAUGUACAGACUGAAGGACAGGAGGUGAUCAAAGCAACGUUUAACAUAGCAAUUCAAUCCAAAAAUGAUUAUAUACCUCAGAGAGUUAUUAAUAAACCCUUCCAUGUGGUAAGAAAUGGCCAACGUUUACUGACCACUGAUGAUAUUCUCUUCAGGGAUGAUGACUCUGGCUUUAAUGACACCCAACUGGUUUAUGUUCGAGUUGGAAUUCUCUCAGGUAGCAUUGUGUCUUCUUCAGACCCUUCACAACCCCUCUACCGUUUCACACAGGCAGACCUGAGAGAUGGAAAUGUUCUGUUUCUUCAUCAUGGUGCUGACCGGGAUCUGUUUCAACUUCAAGUGUCUGAUGGAUUGCACAAGACCACAGCACUGCUAGAGGUGAAGGCAGGUGAACCAUAUCUGCAUGUCGUCAACAACACUAUGGUUGUCAUGGACUAUGGCAGUACCAAGACUCUGGACACCAGUCUUCUAGGCACAGAGUCCAACAUGGACAUUAGGAGUGCUUCAGAAAUUAUAUAUGAUAUAAACACUCCUCCUAGUGAUGGUAGGAUUAUAGUCAGUGGUGUUGAGGCUACUCAGUUCACCCAGGACGACCUCAAGAAAGGUGUGGUAUCCUAUGAGCACAGUGAUCAGAGCCUCCGGUCCACGGACUCAUUCACCUUCACUGUGCAUGCAAAAGACAUGUCCGAGAAAGGCACUUUCAGAAUUAAGAUCUUCAAGCAAGGAUAUUUGUCUGAACCUCAAGUUACCUCCAAUAAAGUGAUCAUUGCAUAUGAGGGUGAGCAUUCUGUCAUCGAUGAGGAUCAUCUCAGGGUGGAGCAGGCCGACAUCUCGCCUACUGAAAUCGUGUUUAGCAUUAAAGAAUCUCCACGUCUUGGCCAUGUGGUCAAACUGACCAAUGAUUCUGAGAGCACAGUGUCUCCUGUGCUGGAUUAUAUCCAGUCUUUUACACAAGAGGACAUAAAUAUGGGCACAGUCUUGUAUGUGUCAGCUUCACUACAGGGUCAAGACAUGUUCACUCUAGAUGUCAAUAAUGGCUUCACUACAGUCGUGGACCUGGAGGUGCAUGUGGACAUCAUGCCCCGGCUCAUACCUGUCCAAGUGACCAACCUCACAGUGAGGGAAGGAGAUUCUGUGACUCUUUCUGAAGACAUUCUCAACAUCACACACCCUUUCUACCGGUCUGUUCAUAUUGAAUUCCUUAUGGAGGAAGCACCUCAACAUGGAGAUAUCAGAUAUAUGGACAAGGAUGAUGAUGGGCUUGUCUCUUUUACCUGGGAUGAUGUGCAGCAAGGAACAGUCUACUACUUUCAUGACAGCACGGAGACUACAGAGGACAGUUUCACUUUCUCAGCCACUGCUUUUGAGUUAAUGCGCCGCAGCCUCCCCAUCACUAUCAGCAUCACAGUGAUCCCCAUCAACGAUGAGGCGCCACAGCUGAGGCACAAUACAGGCCUGGAGCUUCUUGUGGGUGAAGAAAUGGAAAUCACAAGCAAAGCAUUGAGCACAGAAGAUAUGGAUACCCCUCCAGACAAGCUGGUAUACAACAUUGAGGCAAACAAGAAUGGAAUCGUUGCUCUGAAAGAGUCACCUGAUAACAGUAUUGAAAGAUUCACCCAAGCUCAGAUCAACAACGGCGAGGUCAUUUUCAUCCACAAAGGGUCUGAAUCUGGUGGUUUCAGUUUUACAGUGACCGAUGGAGACCACACAUCUCCUCUCCACCGCUUCACUGUUGCUGUCCGGCAGCUGACAAUCUCCAUGGAAGUACAGGGCGAGCUAUCGGUCUUUCCUGGUUCCAGGCAAGUCAUCAAUAGUGAUAUCAUGCGAGCAGUGACCAGUGAGGAUGGAGAUGAGAUCAACUAUUCUCUUGUGAGGCCUCCACGUCUAGGACGACUCAUUAAGCCCAACCAGAGUGGACAAUUUGAGGAAAUCAGUCAAUUUACACAAACCGACCUGGAUGCUGGUGCAGUGUAUUAUGAACACCAGAUGCCAUUGAAGUCCUUCUGGGUAGUAAAAGACACUGUAGAACUUGAGCUCUCAUCACCACCAGCAGCAAAGCUCCAGCACAUUCUCCCUGUUAUAGUAUCGUACUAUGCCACCCAUCACAAUGUGUCUUCACAGCUGUGGAAGAACAAAGGUAUGUCAGUGGUGCAGGGGCAAUCUAAGGUGUUCGAUGUCUCCAUUCUGGAUGCAUCCAACCUGCUAGGCAGUGUACCACAAGAAAAACAGGAAGGCCAGGACAUAGUUUUUGAGGUACAGCACUUCCCUAUGCAUGGCCAACUCACUCUUGGAGGUAAUGAUCUUCCCCAGGAUGCACCCUAUUUCUGGCAAGAUGACAUCAGUGAAGGGAAGCUGGAGUACUACCAUGAUGACUCAGGAGAAACUUCAGACAGAUUCUCUUUCCGUGUGUGGCUAAACCCCCAUGGUCACCCCCCUCAGGCUGUGCCAGGUGCUGUGGUGCUGGAGGAGGUCUUUCUUAUCUCAAUCAGACGAAGGGACUCCAGCCCCCCAGAGCUCGUCAGUCUGGACCUGCUACUGGAGGCUCUGCAAGGAUCUACCACUGUACUGUCCAAACAGUACCUCAACACUAUAGACCAAGACAGUACACCAGAUGAGGUCAGAUUCAGCAUCUUAAAGAGUCCUACUAAUGGCCACAUCAUUUACAAGGAUACUGGGCACAGGAUCAUGCAGUUCACCCAAGAGGAGGUGAACAUGGGCCAGGUGGCAUUUGUGAGCGAUGGUAGCUUGUCUAAUGGUUUUAUGGAGUUCACAGUCUCUGAUGGAAAACACCAGUCAGUACCACACACUAUGCACAUCGGCAUCCUGGCUAAGAAACUUGUGCUUAAUAAGGUGCAGGAGAUCCAAGUCAAGCAGGGAGAUGAUGAGACUCCUAUCACAGAGGCCUUGUUGAAAGCAUCCACAGGAGGGCCAGUAGAGGAAGAAGUGCUAUAUAAAAUUACCAACAUUCCCAAGUAUGCAGUAGUGAUGGUGGACAGGCAAUCUACCUCUGCCUUUACCCAAAAACAGAUUAGGGAAGGGAGAGUGAGUGUUCGCUUCAUCAAGUCCACUUCUUCAAAUGACAGUUUUUCCUUUGUAGCCCGCAGUAGAGCAGCUAACGUUUCCUCCAGCCUCAACAUCACAGUAAAACCCUUAGUAAAUGUGGCCAAGAAUCCCUUAUUGCCACAUGGCACUCUAGUUCUGGUGGACAGAAAGCUGUUAGAUGCCACUGCACUUGCCAACAAGACCAAAACUUCACCAACCUUCAGCUUGACCCAGCAGCCAAAGGGAGCAAGGUUCAUAAGAAGAGGAGGGUCUGCAGAUGGCCAGCCUGUGGAAUCAUUCACCCAGAGAGAUCUAGAUGAGGGACGUGUGGCUCUAGAGGUCCUGAACUCCACUGGGGAUCCAAAGGGCAAAAGUCAAGAUCAAGGUGAGGCUCACUUCCUCCUCAAGGCACAUGGAGUUCCUCCAGCAGAGUGCACACUUUCCUUCCAGACAGUGCCUUAUGACCCGGCAGGAAUCUAUGGUGCUACAGUACUUAAGGUCCCCCCAACUGUGGCCAACUCUGACACAAGUAAAGCAGACCAGCCUGAUGCCAGACGGAGAGGGGAUGGCAACUGGCCAUAUGAAGCAGGUCCCACCACACCCCCUACCAGCUCCCAUAAAUCCCCUGUUUCUAGACGGAACUCACUAUGGGCCAUCCUUAUCCCCAUAUUAGUUAUCCUCCUUCUACUACUCAUAGCUGGUCUGCUAGCAUACUACCUGGUGCGUCGCAACAAAACAGGAAAGCACAAUGUCCAGAAUGCUGCCACCAAGCCCAAAAAUGGAGAGGUGGCUCAGGAAACCUUCAGAAAAACUGAUCCAGCAAAUAACAUCCCCAUGUCCAAUAUGGAGUCUAAAGACACAGAUCCUGAAUUACUGCAGCACUGUCGGACAACAAACCCAGCCCUGAAAAAGAACCAGUACUGGGUAUGAGACAGGAAAAUUGGGAUUCUAUUCUAUCAUGCUGUAUUGACAUUUAGCGUAUAUUGACAUAUUCGCACAUCGAAAUUUGAUUUUUUUUUUUUUUUUGUGGACACUUUGAGUCAUUCCUAACAGUAUUAUCAAGAUCUCCUCUUAUACUAAUGGGUGAGAAACUAAUUUUGGUGAAUAAUCUAACUUUCGUUCCAUUAGCUGUCAUGCAAUCAGUUCAUGUAAACAGUUCUCACAUGAAUCUGCUAUAGUUUAACACUGAUGAAGGACCAAGUCUUGUGAGGACUGGUUUAUGCACCUUUUCAUGGUUAGGAACAGAACCUAAUAAAAGUCUACAGUUCUCAUAGAAAGACCCAGCAAUUUCAGAUUGUUUACAUGAUUGUAUAUUA